AUGCAUUCCAGGGCACUUCGGUCUCUCCUGCCCAAUUUUUUGUUCUUACUGCCUGUUACCAGAUCCUUUACGAUUUGCGGUGUGGAUGAACCGGUUAUGCUGUUGUGGUGGAUUGCAGGACGCUUCGCAUGA